AUGCAUGAGGCUACCUUACCGGUGCGCUCCAGGACACAGUCGGUGUCUACUGAUGUCCCUUGGUUUUUGAAAUUGGAUCAUGAGGAUGAAGUGGUUUACGAAACAACCGACCGGCCAGUGCUGAAGAGUGGUAGCUUGACUGGACUCGUGGAACAAUUGACGCGCCAUGACCGACUGGACCUUACCUUCAACGAGACCUUCCUGAUCACCUAUCCUACAUUUGUAUCUGCCCCGGACUUCUUCGAUGCCCUCCUCCGGCGAUUCCACGUCGAUCCGCCGGCUCAAUUGGCUCAAUCGGAAAUGCAGCUGUGGACCCAGCACAAACAAAAGGCAAUCCGUCUCCGGGUCGUGAAUAUCUUGAAGACAUGGCUGGAACGUUUCUGGAUGGAGCCACGUGAGGAAGCGACAACGGAGUUUCUCAAAAAGAUGUACUCUCAGAUCAAGAAUGCAGCGGAUAUAAUGGAGACACCCACUGCCUCGCAAUUGUUAAGCGCCAUCGAUCUGCGAAUACAAGGCCAAGAAAUCACGAAACGCCUUGCUACGCCCCCGAAUUCCAACAUUCCGAAACCGAUCACUCCGAAGAAUAUGAAAAAGCUAAAGAUAUUGGACCUCGAUCCGACCGAACUCGCCCGCCAGCUGACGAUCAUCGAAUUUAACCACCACGCCCGAAUCAGGCCCAAUGAAUGCCUCAGUCAGAAAUGGAAGAGGAGGCAGUCUAACAGCACGGAGCCGUCGACGGGUGUCAAUGCCAUGAUUCUGCAUUCGAAUCGACUGGCUAAUUACGUGGGUGAGCUUGUGUUGGCUCAAGAUGAGCUGAAGAAGAGAGUGUCGAUGAUCAAGCUGUUUGUGCAGGCUGCUGAUGUAUGUCGUUCGAUCAACAAUUAUGCUACUUUGAUGUCGAUUGUGUCUGGCCUUGGACAGUCACCUGUCUUUCGACUCCGGCAGACAUGGGGUCUGGUCAAUCCGCGUAUUCGCAAUUUGCUAGAGGACCUGCGGGAUUUGAUGUCGAGUGAGAAGAACUGGGUCAAAUAUCGGGAGGCGUUGCGACAGACUAAUCCGCCCUGUGUUCCUUUUUUAGGAAUCUAUCUCACAGACCUAACCUUCAUCGACGACGGCAUCCCCAACUUCACCCAAUCAGGCAUGAUCAACUUCGCCAAACGCACCAAAGUAGCUGAAGUCCUACAAGACAUCCAACAGUACCAAAACAUGCCUUACAAUCUACAGCCCGUACCGGAGAUCCAGGACUUCCUGGUUAGAAACCUUAGAGCCACAAAGGAUGUGAGUGACAUGUAUGAUCGAAGUCUUCAGUUAGAGCCGCGUAUGGCGAACGAGGAGAUUGUCGUGAGACGUGGCGCUCAUACAGCCACGGGAAGUAAUAUGAGCUCGGUGAUUAUUGCUAGUAUGGCUAUGCGGUGAUACUGGUGCAUUUGAUACUGCGUAUUGCUUCGAUGUGGAGGUUUACAUCGUCUUGUUCUUCUUUUGUGAUACCUUGUUUUUGUUUGUUUCUUUCUUUUCCUUGACCUUUUUCUUUAUGAUUAUGAAGUUACGAUAGCACGGCUUUAU